CGCUACUUCAAAAAAGAUGGCGGGUACGAAAGUAGCAUCCAAGAAUGCGAUAACUUUGAGAGGAUCGACAGAUAUUGUCGCAGAAUUCUUUGAAUAUGGGAUUAAUAGCAUUCUGUACCAGCGAGGAAUUUAUCCACCAGAGACAUUUACGAGAGAACAGAAAUAUGGCUUGACACUACUUGUGUCAACAGAUCAGGUGCUCAAGAAAUACUUGGCCGAAGUAUUAGGCCAUAUCAAAGAGUGGUUGUAUAAAAUGACCGUUAAGAAGCUUGUGGUCGUUAUCGCUAGUGUGGACACCAAUGAGGUUUUGGAAAGAUGGCAGUUUGAUGUGGAAUGUGAUAAAACAGUAACAGAGAACAGUGCACCAAGAGAGAAAUCUGAAAAAGACAUCAAAAAGGAGAUUUGUGAUGUGAUACGACAGAUAACAGCUACAGUUACAUUUUUACCCCUUCUGGAAGAGGCAUGUUCAUUUGACUUGCUAGUGUAUACAGAUAAAGACUUUGAUACUCCAGACUCAUGGGGAGAGUCUGGUCCUCAGUUUAUAGCCAACUCGCAAGAAGUUCGUCUGAGGUCCUUCACCACUACAAUACAUAAAGUAGAUGCCAUGGUGGCCUACAAGAAGGAUGACUAGGCAGUGCGGGACGAUACAGUGACUACUCUGGACAACCUCAGUAUUUAUGGCGGAAUUGUCAUCCACUUGGUUGCUGCACUGCAAGCUAGAUGGCAAAGUAGGUUUGCUCAAUCGACAGGAUGUCUAAAACAUUGCUGGUCAAUGGAUUCAUUGGUUACCUUGACUGCCUUUUUACCAUAUGUCGGUAUUGUUAUCCACCAGCUGGUGAAAGCAGUGUGCCUUGUUUGUCCAACGGCAUAUGAACAUUGAAAGUACGUGGCCUGGGUAGGCACUCAGUUACAUGUAAAUUGUCACCCUCAAGUUGUGCUGCAGGCUGCUCAGCAGUGUUCCUUGUUGUCCCAUGCUUGUACACACAAUUGACUACUAAACGUGCAUUUGCAAAGUGCACAUAAAUGAACUCCAGUGAUGUGUGAACUAGUGACAUCUAUUCUAGAAAAUAUUUCAUUGCUUUUUGUACAUACUAUAUUUAAUUAUGACUGAAUCAACCAAUUCUUUUUCCCAUCUCUACACGUUUCCACUGUCUUCUUUCAAACUUAACCACAUUUUCUGAGCUCCUUAAAUCAUGAUAUAAUAUUUUGCUGCAGUUAAGCAUGACUUAAAUAAACGAAGUAAAUAAGGAAAAAUAUUUGCAGAAAAUUUUGAACCAUAGUCAGGUCACUGUUUGGUGUAUUAUCUCUCUUGAAUAUUUUUUAAUCAUUACAAAUUUCAAAGAAAGUUAAAGAAAAAAUGGAAAGAGUAAAUGUAAAAUGUUAAUACAUGAAAACUUUUAAUCACAAUCUAUGCAAUACUUCUCGUUUUUACUGUAUUACCUAUAUUGCUGUCAUAUGUCUGCCACUAAUUGGUCCUAUUUCCCUAGAUUCACAUUUAUAUGCAUGUAUAGUUAUGUUAAAUAAUUAUUUUUAUAUGUUAGGAAGUCAUGUACAGGUUGAAAACGAAUUUAGCUAAUAUCAUAUUGUGAACUGACACAAUGCUGCAUUUUGUUAAGAUUUGAACUUAAAUUUCUUUGUCAUCUAAUUUGAUUGUUGUUCAGUCCCCUGCGCAAGAAUGUUUCACUAAUGUGAUGUGAUUUUCAUGGGUGGAGGAAACCAUUGUGCCUGGGGUAAACCAUCAACUUGUGGCAUUUUACUGACAAAGGUUCCCACAUGUAACACACAGAUACACACGCCAUACUGGUGGAAGACAAGUUGUCCAAGUGCAGUGUUAAUUUCUCUGCUCGUAAAACCCCUAACCAUGGAAUUAAUUCAUGUCUCUUGGAACCAGAACUCCCACUGUAUUUGCUAAUGUUGACCUUCCCCUCAAGAUAGCCGUGUAUCACUAUACCUAGCUGUAUACAACUGUUGCCCAUGAACAUAAGCUGGAAAAGUGGCCAGCAUGGCGCAAUGACCCAGUAUCCUCUCAUCAAUGUGAUUGUUGUGAGUUCAAGUCCAGCCCUUGCUGGUUUCCUCUUCGGCCUUACAUGGGAAGGUUUUCCAGCAGCCUGCAGAUGGUCGUGGCUUUCACCCAGGCUCCUCUUGGUUUCCUCCCACCAUCGUAUAAGUGAAAUAUUCUUGAGUACGGCGUAAAAGGCCAAUCAAACAAAUAAAGAAAACUGGAUAACGGGUAGCUUGUGGCUCCACCAUGUACUCUGCUUGGUUCAGCAGCUGGUAAUGGUAAACGCCGUUGUAUAUUCUAUAAAUGUAAAAUAAUCUUGAGCUUGAUUACUCUCUUCAAAAGUGAGAAGAUCCAAACCAGUCAACUAUAUAAAUACAUGUACUUACAUUUAUGAGAUGAUCCAAUACAAUGAAGUAUAUAAAUACAAAACAUGUAACAAAAAAUAUCUGCAGAAAUGAAUGCAAACGUUUUAUUUCCAUACGUCUUAAGAGUUUACAUGGCUUCACGUUCCAUGAGUGUCCUCCCGAGUUCUGAAAUGUUUCCCGCCAGUCUUGGGCCAGCAUACCUAACGUACUGCUUUGUUUAGGGUAGCCUAAUUGCCUGCACUUACAGUAUCACCUACGUAAUCUUAUCACGACUUAUGCAUAGACUCGACCCUGUCACCUAAAUAUACACAGGGAGUAUACUGAAGUGCGACAUUACUCUAACUUACCCGUCCGGUCUUGAUGAAAGUUUCCCGGGGCCACUCCACACGGUCCAGGCGGACGGUGGUUACACGAUCCACACCGCCCUUCCAAGCAGCAUCGAGUGGCCCCAGGUAGCAGAGCCGAACCCCAAGCACUGAUUUCAGUGAUAGCGGGGCCGCAGCCGGCAAAGCUUCCCACGGGCCGGGAGGGUCCCGGGACACAAACGC